GGCGUGGAGGAGGAGCGGCGGAAGCGCAAGCAGCGGGUGGGCGUGGCGAGUGCGAUGCUGGCAGACGUGCGAGGCGUCACCGAUGGCCGGAGCAACACCAUCACAUUCAACCUCACGCCGCAGAUCAUCCAACAGAUCUUUCUGGAGAAGCCAGCGGUGCACCGCGCCUUCAUGGAGCUCGUGCCGGGGCGGAUGAGCGAGAAGGCCUUCUGGGGCAAGUACUACAGGGCGGAGUAUCUCUUUCGCACGCGCAACGUGGCGGCGGCGGAGGCGGAGGCAGCAGACGAUGAUGAGUUGGCGCUCUUUGUGCGCGACGACCCUCACCUGCUCCAGCAAGCGCGCCAGAAGGUGCAGCGCGUGGACCCAACGCUCAACGUGCUGGCGGACGUCAGCGACGACUACUCCGCCCUGCUC